AUGUUACGAUCGGCUGCCUCGCCCUGGGCGAACCUGGCCCGCACAUGCGCACCCGCUGGUCGCUCAUCAAUUGCGGCGCGAUGCAUCAACAUUUCGGCCACCAGCCCGUCGCCAGAACCAAGCCUGCAGCAGGCAGUCAGUGUUGAGGGCACCGCCACGCCCAUGCACACGCCCGACGCCCGCUUCGACGUCAUUGGAACACCCUUCUCCCUCCUCUCCGUCUCCCUCUCGGCCUCGCAGACGCUCUACACUCGUCGCGGCACCCUCGUCGGCCUUAGCGGCAAGUCGGAAAACACUCUCUCUACCUUGUCCGUUCUCGAGCCUUUUCAGCGCGCGCCCGUCGGCAUUCCCUUCCUCUAUCAAAAAGUGUCGUCGACCAGCCCCGUCACAGCCCUCAUCUCUACUAAAACCCCCAUAUCGAGCAUUGUUUCUGUAAAUCUAGACGGAAGGGAUGACUGGAUCAUCAGCCAAAAGCAGGCGCUGCUUGCGUGGACUGGCCUCACAUUGAAGCUGAAGCCGCAAUACAAUGUCAAGCUCGGCCUGGCACAUUGGGGAAACACAUACAUCACAGGCCGAGGCCUACUCGCACUGACAGGAAACGGACAAAUCUACCAGGUCCACGUAAAGGCUGGCGAGAGCUACGUAGCCCACCCCAGCAAUGUGGUAGCAUACACAGCCUCCAACACUCCACCCGUCCCCUUCCGCUUCAAAUCGUCCAAUGUGCGAUUCCAAGUUCCAGACUUGGGCUUCGGCUCGCUGGUCCAGAACACACAGUUUUUCCGAACAAUGAGCAAGACGGCUACAUGGCGCGCGCUGGCCACCACAUACCACACCCUCAAGACAUGGAUGCGGAGGACAGUCUGGGGAGACAGGCUCUUCCUCCGCUUCGAAGGCCCAACCACCAUGCUCGUCCAGUCGCGUGCCUCACGUAUCAGCGACGUCCUCACACUACGAGACGUCGAUGAGAUUGCCGACAGCCCGCCUGGCGCCGUCGAAGAUGCCGUCACAAGGAAGAUCAAGGAAGAGAUCAAGUCGAUUGGCGAACAAGGUACAAAGGCACCCAUACCAAAUACGGAUGCAUCUGGCACAGUAAGAUACGCCACUAUCAAAGAUGGCAAGGCAGAGUUUGAGAAGCCAUCUGUAUAA